CGCGUCGGAGCAGGCCGCCGUCCAGCAGCAGAUGCAGCAGCUCCAGCCGUUCUGGGCCGAGCAGUACCGCGAGAUCGAGGUCGAGGCGCUCGUCGUCUUCGCGCGAGUCUGCGAGAUGUUCGCGGUUCGCCGUCCCCGCCUCCUUCCCCGGUAGCAGCCCGCCCCACACGCCAUCGUGCAGCCCCGCCGAGCCAUCGUGAAGCACCGCCGCUAACCCUUCGAAUCCGUCGCCGAUGCGGGAAUCCCCACCUGCCCACGCGUUCUUCACCACGCCGGACGACAGCGCGCGCCGCCCGGCCCCUCCCUGCUUCCAGAUCGGGCGUCGAUCUGGAGAGGAUCCUCACCGGCGGAGGAUCGACCAGAUCGAGGAAUCAAAGAUGAAGUCGGAGGUGGAGGAGGAGGGCCAGGUGGCCGACGGCACGGUGGUGGAGGAGGUGCAGCCGGUGGUGCACGGUUUCGUCAAGGACUGGGACGCCAUGGAGGACCUCCUCGGCUGCGUCCUCUACAGGAACAUCGGGUGGGAGAUGGGGGACGAGGGCCAGAUCAUCUUCACCGAGCCGCUCUUCACGCCCAAGCGGAGGAGAAAGCUGGUUGGGUGUGUCCAAUUUAUGCGUGUGGUGUGGGAAUGAAGCCGGUUGGCUGUGUCUACGUGUCGGCGGCCUCGGAUAAGUCGGAGGCGAGAUGGAGCCGAAAGAAGACCUCCUUUCUUGGCGGAGCGGUGACGGCGAGGGAGAUGUGGAGGCCUCCAUUGAGCUCGAGUGUGUUGCCUCCGUCGAGCUCCUGCAUGCGGUGCAUCGUCUCCGUCGAGCUCAUGCCUAAAAUCAAACGUUUUGUUGAAACCUGUAUGCACUUGUAUUGUUUCGAGCUCGUGCCUGAAAUCACAUGUUUUGUUGAGAGUGUAUGCACUUGUAUUUUGCUGCGGGUGUGUGUGUUUGUAAAUGCAUAGCUGUUGAAUAUGUAUAGUGUAUUAUAUGAUGAGGGACCCUGCCGUUCGGGCAGGGUGUUUUUUUUUAUUAGGCAUCAAUUGUACUAGUGGCGCAC